AUGCUCCAGAUUUCCAACUCAGAUCUGAGGAAGGAGAUUAUACAAGUUGCCAAAGAUAGUCCAGAGGCUACUCUAAUCUGCCCUGAUGCUUUUGUUCAUGAAGACACAUUAGCUGAUACCUCUCCAGAUUUUGAGAUUGGUCCAGGGGGUCCUCCUAGUUCCAUUCGAAGUGUCUUGAAGAUGACACUCAAUAGGAAUAACUUACCAGAGAAAAUUGACAGAUUGUCUUUCUCAACUGGAUUCAAAGAGGAUAGCGAUCAAUCAGAGCUUUACUUUAAAACCAGUCAUUUUGCUCAUGACUUUGGUCUAGGAUUCAUCACUAAGAAAGAUGCUACCAAUGCUGCUGCCGCUGCAAAUGCAAUAGAUGUUAAGCUGAGAUCCAUUAGUAGAAAACCCUAUUCCAAUGAUUAUGGUCAUAUGAAAAUGUCCCCAGAUGAUAUCAUAAGGGUGAGAGAAGCAGAAAAACCUGGCUGA